CUUAUCAGUAUAAUUCCUACGUACGUGAACAUUGUUAUUAUCAAUAAUAAUUGUCGUUUUCCGAGAGAGAUAAUCCUAAUACACACUUCUUCAUUCAUUAUUCAAUAUUCCUUCCACGGUACUCGAUACCCUUCCACGGAUCUCGAUACCCUUGCAUCGGCCGUGUCUUGAACCGGAUUACUGAAGGAUAGAAAGGAAGUAUUAAAAGGAAUCAUUUAGUUGAACAAGAGAUCACGUAUUUGUCGUGUUCGCGUACAAUCGCACACGAAACAUGGAUCCGUUAAAAUCGAAUAUAUAUAUCGACGCAAUCCAUAAUGAGAUUAAAAAAACAUUCAAUAUAUCAAAAACCAGUACGGUGCCCGGAUUGGCUUACUUACCAGCGAGGAAAGAUCCAAAAACCGCCGCUAAGUUUUUGGAAGCUAGAAAAAAAAUUGAUGGUGCGGAAGGAUUGUGGAGGAUCGGAAACAAACUCUACGAUCUAGAGACUUUCGCCAAAUCGCAUCCGGGUGGCGCAGAAUGGAUUCGGCUCACAAAAGGAACCGACAUCACCGAGUUGUUCGAGAGCCAUCACAUCACCGACAAGGCCGAACGAAUGCUGCCGAAAUUCUACGUACGAGAAGCUGCGACACCACGAUCGGUGCCACUGACUUUCUCAUCGGACGGCUUUUAUCGUACAUUCAAGAGACGUGCAGCCAAGGCUUUAAAGAGCGUUAAUUUUCAUCGGCCAUCCACGACGACGAAUCUAAUCGUCGACUCCUUGGCAGUCAUGACUUUUGUACUGAGUCUCGCGGGCGCCUUCGCCAAUUCUUUCGCCAUUAUUGUUUUCGCCAGCAUUUUUCUAACAUGGACCACCGUUGGUGCGCACAAUUAUUUCCACAUGAGGGACAAUUUUCGCAUGUACUACUUCGAUUUAAGUAUGCUAUCGUCGAAGGAUUGGCGUGUCACGCACGUAAUGAGCCACCAUAUGUAUACCAAUACUAUAUGGGAUUAUGAAAUUUACGUAGCCGAACCGUUUCUCCAAUGGAUACCUCGUAAAGAUAAAUCUUACUUGGCGACGAUAAUAAGUAAAAUCAUCAGUCCAAUCGCCUGGAUGUUAGUGUAUAUAAUGGAAGGUUUGAAACGAUAUUAUUCGGUAUUCAAGGAAUAUGGAGUCUUCGAAUUUCGUGAUUUUGUACCGUUUUUGUUGCCUUUGACGAUGAGUUUGCUUGCGCCCAACAUUUUCGUCGCACUCAAGUUGUGGCUGAUAAUGAUAUUGAUCAGUAGCGCUAUGUUUGGAAUGAUUGGCUUCAGCGCGGCUCAUCAUCAUCCCGAUAUUUUCCACGAUGGUGAUAUCUACAGGAAUGAUUUGGACUGGGGUCUGCUCGAGGUGGACGCGGUGCGUGAUCGUGAGGUGAUCGAUGACUCGAUCUUUCUGGCACUUACGAACUUUGGUUCGCACUCUCUGCAUCAUCUGCUACCCACUGUGGACCAUCACUAUCUGCCAUUAUGCGUGCCUGCUUUCUUGCAGACGUGCAAGGAAUUCGGCAUCAGUUCGGACAAAUGGACGCAAUGGGAGCUUCUGAAGGGACAAUUCAGGCAACUCUCGCGAACCGAAGUGAAAAAGAAUUUCAGAUAAUUAUCUUCGAUGCGAGACAGUUCAUUCGAUUGCGAAUCUCUCAAGAUGAAAUUUGUUAUACAAAGUUGCAUAUAGUUUUUGAUGUAAACAUCUAGUUGUAAAUAAUAGCAAGUUGAAUAAGCUAAAGUUAAAUUUUUCAAAAAUAAC